AUGUUCGAGAAGGGCGAGGGAUGUUAUAUGUGGGACAUUGAGAACCGGAAAUACCUAGACUUCACUGCUGGUAUCGCUGUCAAUGCGCUUGGCCAUUGCGACUCAGGAGUUGCGCAAGUAAUAGGUGAACAGGCCAAGCAACUCAUGCACACCUCGAAUCUCUAUCACAACCCACACACUGGUCUGCUAUCGAAGCAGCUGAUCCAGCUUACCCAUGCGACUGGCGGCUUCGAAAGCGCGUCCAAGACCUUCAUCUGCAACAGUGGAUCCGAAGCCAACGAGGCUGCUAUAAAGUUUGCGCGCAAAGUCGGAAAGUCAAUUUCUCCGAACAAGGACAAGCAUGACUUCGUCUCAUUCCACAACUCUUUCCAUGGCCGGACUAUGGGCAGUCUGAGUGCAACACCGAACCCAAAGUACCAGACACCCUUUUCGCCAAUGGUGCCCGGCUUCAGGUACGGCAAGUUCAAUGACAUCGAUGCAAUCAAUGACUUGGUAACGGAGUCGACUUGUGGAGUCAUCAUCGAGCCGAUCCAGGGUGAAGGUGGCGUGAAUGUUGCGACACCAGAGUUUCUCCUCGCGCUGCGCAAGCGAUGCACAGAGGUCGGUGCUGUCUUGAUCCACGACGAGAUUCAGUGCGGCCUGGGCAGGACCGGAAGAUUCUGGGCGCAUGCUGGCUACCCCAAGGAAUGCCACCCGGACAUCGUCACCACAGCAAAAGCUCUUGGGAACGGCUUCCCCAUUGGCGCAACUAUUGUCAACGACUUUGUAUGCGAUCACAUCAAGACUGGUGACCACGGCACGACUUUCGGUGGAAACCCACUGGGUAGCCGUGUCGCAUCGUACAUCCUUUCCCGCUUGUCGUCUCCAGAAAUUUUGGACUCGAUACCUGCGAAAGAAGCAGCGUUUCGUAAGCACUUUGAUGCACUACGAACGCGAUUCUCAGAUCAGAUCAAAGAGGUUCGAGGCAAAGGUCUCAUCUUAGGUCUUCAACUCGACACUGAUCCAACUCCCAUCAUCACCGCUGCCCGCGAGCGAGGAUUACUUGUCAUUUCCUGUGGAACGAACACAUUGAGGUUCGUGCCACCGCUGGUCAUCACAGAAGCCGAGAUUGAAGAGGGUAUGCAAAUCCUGGGUUCGGCAAUGGAGAGUGUCUGGCGCAAAGGUGAAGACGUAGAAGGUACUCCAGGUCAACAGGAGAUGCAAUAG